CGCGAACGCCCGCGAAUCCGGCCUCGCGCGAACGCCCCGAGCAGCCGUCGGAGCCUCAGUUUCAUAACAAACAUGGCCUCGGUUGCCACUGCGACGGUGCGAGCGGUGAAGGGCAGGAGGCUCAUUCCCACGAGGGCGGCGCUCGUCCUGACCCAGACUGCUGUUCACAAGGUUAGAGAGCUACUGGACAGGAAUCCAGAAGCUGUUGGUCUGAAGGUUGGUGUGCGACAGAGAGGCUGUAAUGGGCUAAGCUACACAUUAGACUAUGCUAAAGAAAAAGGAAAAUUUGAUGAGGAAGUAGUUCAAGAUGGAGUGCGAGUUAUCAUCGACAAGAAAGCACAGCUGACCUUAUUAGGGACAGAAAUGGAUUAUGUACAAAACAAAUUGUCAUCUGAAUUUGUUUUUAACAAUCCCAAUAUAAAAGGAACUUGUGGUUGUGGUGAAAGUUUUUCCAUUUAGUGAAGUUAGUGAGUGUGAUUACAUUAAUAAAUGCAAGUGUAGGAAUAUAGUGUGAAACUUACUUUUUUCUUUAACAAAUUGCUAAUGUUGUUCAUCAGUGUUUUUAA